AUGCAGAGAAAUAGAGAGGGUAAGGGAGAGAGGUGAGGCUUGGUUUGAUUCAUGUUGUGAUCAGAGCCAAUAGAAAGCCCCCGUCAAUGUCUAGGGGAAAGCAGAAGUGAGAGUCCAAACCCAGCUGUAGACACACAGAGACAGCACUAGAAUACUGAGACACAGAAACCCAAUGGCAGAGAAAGACAGAUUACACAAAGAGAGGAGAAAGAGAUAUAUACAUAUUUUGAGAUAAAUAUGGAUUAUUAAUAAACUCAAAGAUACAGACUCAGUGGAGAGAAACAGGACCACAGACCUUGGGACACUCAACUGACAGUCCACCUCAGGAACCCCUGCUGUUCCCAUGGAAACCAACACCAGGAUUCCCUCUCCAGGACCAGUAAGGGUGGACAGCUACCCCUAACGGAGACGGGAUCACCCCACUGUCCCGGGACACUGUGAGGUACAGUCACUGUCUUCCUCCUUCAGGUCAUGCAGUAGUCUUGGUGGCUGGUCAGUUAUUCAGGCUGGAGAGCAACAGGUAUAGAGGGUGAGAUUCAAUCACAGGAAGCAUUUUCCUGAAUGUUUAUGGAAUUGAGUGCUUUCAUUGAGUUAAUGGGUGUGUGGGUGAUUGUUGAUUUGGCUAAUGAAUGAAAGACUGUAUUAGUGAUAAAUGAUUAGGUGUGUGUAAGUGUGGGAGAAGCUAUAUAAUUAAGGUGAGAAUGUAACUUUGUGUCACAGUGUAAAUCCAUCAGUGUGUAAGAGAGACUGUAGCCCCGUUUAUACCUGGUGCUAACAUGGGUAAUUUGUCCUGAUCUGGUCUACAUUCUGAUUGUGCCCACAUUUCCAGAAAUGUGUCUACACAUGGUAUUAAAAUGUGUCUGUUAUCCGUCCACUGUGUCUGCAUUGUGACCAGAUUUCCUGGUCCCUUCCUUUAUGCAAAUAAUUUCACAGCUAUUCUUUCAAAAUAAUAUUUAUUUAUUGUAAGAUAUAUAUUGAUGUAAUCAGUCAAUGGUGCCACCUGUCAAUGAUUUUAUAGAGCGGAAUAAUUAUGAUUUCAAUGGUGUCUCUGUCCAGAUCUGUCUACACUUGUAAGAUAUCCAGACACCAUGCCUGUCUGACAACCUCCAGAGGUGGACAGGAUGAUCUGAUCACAAUCAGAUCAGGAUGUGUGUUUUGAUUGUCUACACCUCUCUAAAAAUGUGGGCACAAUCAGAACGUGGAAAAGAUCAGGAAAAAGGACGCAAGCUAGAAGCCGGUAUAAACGGGACUUGUGAAUGUGUGAGAGACAGAUUAAUUACAUGUGUGGUUGAGAGUUUGCGUGUGUACGCGUUGUGUGAGUAGCGAGCUUGGCUUCUGAUCCGACUCACCGCUCUGGUGACGGCUCCACCUUGGACUGAUAGCUCUGAUUCCAAAGAGGAUUUAGGCAGGACACACAUCUUUGUCCUAAUAUAAACCCUUUGAUAUAAACCCUUCCCCGCACUAUAUUAUUUCCAGUUUAAUCCCAAAGAGCUCUUUGUUAAUGAAUAUGAGAUAUCAAUUUCUAAACACUGUGUGUUUGUAAUAUUGAAACAAUGCAUUGCCUUGCUGGAGGAGGGCAAUUGGUUCUUGCUGAAUCUCCCAAGUUUAAUUUAUUUAAAUACCACCCUCUCUAGUAUCAGUAUAUAUUUUUUAACACUGUUUUUCUCACUUGACAGAUUUAAGUUAUCAGUACAGACACUGAUAGGGACUGUACAGGCCUGUUGUGUUCAGCUGCAGUUUAGGGUUGGUUAUGUUACGCAGUAAUUCACUCCCUCUAGGUGGGGAACACACUAUCGAUUAUAUUUUAGCCAUCCUCGCUAUGAUCCUGAUUCCGACCCGAGUUAAAUGGGACGUCAUUCCCUUUUAUCCACUGUUCUCUCUAUGUGUAUUCUAACCUUGAAUUUAAGCAUGAGAAUAGCAUGCUAUUCACCUGCUAUUCGUUCGGGGUGGCGAUCUAAGAAAUGAAGGUGUGGCGGAGGUGUGUCUACAGAUAAACCAUAUUCAGACUUUUAUUUAAUUCCCUCAUAAUUCCACCACCUUUACACGCAAGGAAACCAUGAAUAAGGUCGAGUGAACCUGCCGGUUCCAAGUGAAAAAAGCAUCUACUUUCUUUUUGCGAUAGAAAUAACACCAUUCUCGUUGCACUGUAAUUUAUAAAUGCAUAAGCGCUAUUGUUAAGAGCUAGGUAAAUUAGUAUUCUGUUUGGAGAAGGGGAUUGUAAAUACACAUAGCAAUUGUUUUUGAUGAUUUUCCUUUUGAUCCCUGGAGACAAAUGUGAAACCAACCAUUUGGAAGCAAACUCAUAUCAACAUGACAUGUAUUGCGGCCCCUUUUCCACAGUGAAAUAGGCUCUAAAUAGCUGUACCGUUAUUCAGAAUUUUAAUUGUGUGCCCUCAUAAUUUGCGUGGAUGAAAUUUGGACACCCAAGCUAUAGGCUUCUGAACCUGCCGAGGUGAUGUAUGCGCUUUAGAAUGUUUUAAUUAUAGCCUAUGCCCAGGCUUGUCUCCUUUUUAUUUGACAAUUUGUAUCAUAUUAAAUAUUUGCCACUAUCGGGAGCCACCGUCAGUAAUACCCACAUACAUUUAUAACUGUCACUUUAGUGUCCUUUUACCUUUCUUUCCUCUGUCAUGUCCGUGUAAAUUGUUCCUGAGGGUCGCUAGCAUUAGUGGAUCAGAUUAGGAUGAUGUUGUGCAAUAAUUUGGAACAUGUAGCCUAUUUGAAUCAUUAUGGAACUCAGACCACACCUAGCAGUUUAAACCUGGAGCAUGGCGCACAGUUCACGACGACUGAACGGUUGUCAUAUAGUGCCAUGAUUAGUGAGGAUUAUAGCAGAUUUAUAGGACUAUUGUUCAACCCCUAUUGUACACUUUUUACAACUUCCAAUAUUGAACUUGAAUAUGACAACUUUCAGGAUGAAUUAAACCACUGUAUUUUUUAUUCAUCAAUAUGUUUAGUGCAUAAAGGCUCUCCAAACCUGUUUUUUUAAUGAUUCAUACAUACUUUUCUAAUCAUAAAAUUAGCCUAAAUAAUCUACAAGAUCUGAGUAUUUUUUAAUCUACCAGUUUGUACGGAGACGUAGAUGCAUAGAUGGCAUUCUUUCAUUGAUCCAUAUAUUCUGAACCCGUUCUCUCAAUGUAUUCUAAUCUGUCUACAAAAUUGUAAUUACAUUUGUACAUAUGGCUUUUGGAAGAUGGGCAGGGACUCUGCUGUCCUAGCUUAAUGGGGAAGCUGGUUCCACCAUUUAGGUGCCAGGACAGAGAAGAGCUUGGACUGGGCUGAGAGAGAGAGCUGCCCUCCUGUAGAGUUGAGCCAGACUCAGUUGUGUGUAACUUGAACUUUCACAGAAAUCUCCUACUGACAUCAAGCAUGAAUUAUGUAAACGUUCUUAUCACGCAUCCUUUGCUCUGGAAGACACUGAAUAGGUUCAACUCCCCUUGUCCUCAUGACCACCAUCAUCCUCCAUCCAUUCAGUCCUCUUCUCUAAACCCUCCACCAGCCUCAUGGUUCCUGGGUAUACCAGUACCUAGCCCUCCACCAGCCUCAUGGUUCCUGGGUAUACCAGUACCUAGCCUUCCACCAGACAUUGUGUUUUUCUUGAUGGCCAAAAAGCUCAAUUGUAAUCUCAUCUGACCAGAGUACCUUCUUCCAUAUGUUUGGGGAGUCUCCCACAUGCCUUUUGGCAAACACCAAACGUGUUUGCUUAUUUUUUUCUUUAAGCAAUGGCUUUUUUCUGGCCACUCUUCCGUAAAGCCCAGCUCUGUGGAAUGUACGGCUUAAAGUGGUCCUAUGGACAGAUACUCCAAUCUCCGCUGUGGAGCUUUGCAGCUCCUUCAGGGUUAUCUUUGGUCUCUUUGUUGCCUCUCUGAUUAAUGCCCUCCUUGCCUGGUCCGUGAGUUUUGGUGGGCGGCCCUCUCUUGGCAGGUUUGUUGUGGUGCCAUAUUCUUUCCAUUUUUUAAUAAUGGAUUUAAUGGUGCUCCGUGGGAUGUUCAAAGUUUCGGAUAUUUUUUUAUAACCCAACCCUGAUCUGUACUUCUCCACAACUUUGUCCCUGACCUGUUUGGAGAGCUCCUUGGUCUUCAUGGUGCCGCUUGCUUGGUGGUGCUCCUUACUUAGUGGUGUUGCAGACUCUGGGGCCUUUCAGAACAGGUGUAUAUAUACUGAGAUCAUGUGACAGAUCAUGUGACACUUAGAUUGCACACAGGUGGACUUUAUUUAACUAAUUAUGUGACUUCUGAAGGUAAUUGGUUGCACCAUAUCUUAUUUAGGGGCUUCAUAGCAAAGGGGGUGAAUACAUAUGCACACACCACUUUUCCGUUAUUUAUGUUUUAGAAUGUUUUGAAAAAAAAUAUUUUUUUCAUUUCACUUCACCAAUUUGGACUAUUUAGUGUAUGUCCAUUACAUGAAAUCCAAAUAAAAAUCAAUUUAAAUUACAGGUUGUAAUGCAACAAAAUAGGAAAAACGCCAAGGGGGAUGAAUACUUUGCAAGGCACUGUAAAAACACAGAGUUUUGUUUUCUGUGUGUGAGCUUUGGCCUGUUGAAUUGAAAACAAUAAUUGAUGUCAGUUAUCCGUCUAUUACAUUUCCUGACACACUUUGCUAUAAUUAUUGUGUAACACAGGCUUUGUUUUGACCUGUCAUUUUAGGCCUGUUCUUGUUCUUGUCAUUGCUAACACUUUAUUUCAGGGCCCAUGUGGAAGGUACUGCUUUGAGCUUAUUGACUGAAUAAUUAGCAGAUUUCAUUAUUGAAGAACCCUUGACCUAUCAUAGUUGAUGUAUUACAAUAGAGGCGCUGGUACUGUGGUGCAGACGGAAAGUUCAUCCAAGUGUAGCUACCCACUGCGGUCAGUAAAGCUCAAGUUGCCAUGGGCAAUUGUUACUCUGGGAGAUAGCUAUCCCAGUUUUGUUUUUGGUUCAGUAUUUGUAGACCUGAGGUCUGAGAUGGUUCAUUCAAGCGUAUAGAGCCUGGUAUUUGUGGUUGUGAUAUAACAUGCAGUGGCCCUGUUUGUGGACAGAUAGCAUGGUCCAGUUCAGCUGUCUCACCGAUAAUACAAAAACCACAGUCUCCCUCCGGCUCAGACUCCAUGAUGAUUGGUGAGAGAGAGAGUCAGGGGGGUGGAUGAGGGGGGCCGCAAGCACUAAAGUCAGGGCUAAAUAGUUUGUUUUGUUUUCCAACAGUCUCUCUGUACACUAUCAUUAUCCCCCACUACUUCCCCCCCAACCUCCAAACCGCAAUUUGUCUUGCUGGGAGAUUGAUGACGAUAGCUGGCAGGGUCGUCUGUAUCAUACUUAGGCAAAGUUUGGAAGUGGAGAAGGACUGAAGCACUGACUAUAUAACAUAUCUGUCAUCUGCUGUGUACACAGUCAGGAUAUCCCUCCAACCCCUAGGGCCUUUAAACUCACCAGACCUGGGCUGGUCUUCUUAACUAAUGAAGGGGAAAUAGAGAGAAAAAACUUUCCAGGAAGCCCGCUGUGUUGGAUUGACUUAAUCCAUUCUGAUCAGUAGUCACUGAAUGUUUUUAGGGACAAAUGCAUUUGUUUAACUGGUGAGUAGAUCAUUGAAUGAUGGAGGAGGGUUACGACAUGCAGUGGGGACAGAAGGUAACAUCAUCAUUAGGUUUGACCCUUUGUGGUCAAGUGUGUGUGUGUGUGUGUGUGUGUGUGUGUGUGUGUGUGUGUGUAAGAGAUUUGUCCUCAUGAUAGAGUUGAGCCAGACUUAGUCGUGCGUAACUUGAACUUUCACAGAAAUCUCCUACUGACAUCAAUGCAUGAAUUAUGUAAACGUUCUCAUCACGCAUCAAUUGCUCUGGAAGACACUGAAGAGGUUCAACUCCCCUUGUCCUUCUCAUGACCACCAUCAUCCUCCAUCCAUUCAGUCCUCUUCUCUAAACCCUCCACCAGCCUCAUGGUUCCUGGGUAUACCAGUACCUAGCCCUCCACCAGCCUCAUGGUUCCUGGGUAUACCAGUACCUAGCCCUCUACCAGCCUCAUGGUUCCUGGGUAUACCAGUACCUAGCCCUCCACCAGCCUCAUGGUUCCUGGGUAUACCAGUACCUAGCCCUCCACCAGCCUCAUGGUUCCUGGGUAUACCAGUACCUAGCCUUCCACCAGCCUCAUGGUUCCUGGGUAUACCAGUACCUAGCCUUCCACCAGCCUCAUGGUUCCUGGGUAUACCAGUACCUAGCCCUCCACCAGCCUCAUGGUUCCUGGGUAUACCAGUACCUAGCCCUCUACCAGCCUCAUGGUUCCUGGGUAUACCAGUACCUAGCCCUCCACCAGCCUCAUGGUUCCUGGGUAUACCAGUACCUAGCCCUCCACCAGCCUCAUGGUUCCUGGGUAUACCAGUACCUAGCCUUCCACCAGCCUCAUGGUUCCUGGGUAUACCAGUACCUAGCCUUCCACCAGCCUCAUGGUUCCUGGGUAUACCAGUACCUAGCCUUCCACCAGCCUCAUGGUUCCUGGGUAUACCAGUACCUAGCCCUCCACCAGCCUCAUGGUUCCUGGGUAUACCAGUACCUAGCCUUCCACCAGCCUCAUGGUUCCUGGGUAUACCAGUACCUAGCCUUCCACCAGCCUCAUGGUUCCUGGGUAUACCAGUACCUAGCCCUCCACCAGCCUCAUGGUUCCUGGGUAUACCAGUACCUAGCCUUCCACCAGCCUCAUGGUUCCUGGGUAUACCAGUACCUAGCCUUCCACCAGCCUCAUGGUUCCUGGGUAUACCAGUCCCUAGCCUUCCGCCAGCCUCAUGGUUCCUGGGUAUACCAGUACCUAGCCUUCCACCAGCCUCAUGGUUCCUGGGUAUACCAGUACCUAGCCUUCCACCAGCCUCAUGGUUCCUGGGUAUACCAGUACCUAGCCCUCCACCAGCCUCAUGGUUCCUGGGUAUACCAGUACCUAGCCCUCCACCAGCCUCAUGGUUCCUGGGUAUACCAGUACCUAGCCCUCCACCAGCCUCAUGGUUCCUGGGUAUACCAGUACCUAGCCCUCCACCAGCCUCAUGGUUCCUGGGUAUACCAGUACCUAGCCUUCCACCAGCCUCAUGGUUCCUGGGUAUACCAGUACCUAGCCUUCCACCAGCCUCAUGGUUCCUGGGUAUACCAGUACCUAGCCCUCCACCAGCCUCAUGGUUCCUGGGUAUACCAGUACCUAGCCCUCCACCAGCCUCAUGGUUCCUGGCUCUGCUGUUCUAUACUUUAUUACUUUCUGGUCAUAGAUACAGCUGAUCAAUAGAUUACUGUGAACAGUGGGACAGUUUCAUUGAGACAAAGAGAGCUUAAAAGGGCAGAGCGCUCUUCACCCAGGGUCAAGAGCAGAAACUAAACAGAGACAGAAACCAAAAGUGGAUUAUGAUAAAGUUAUUGUCCCACAUCCAAUUGUGUUUGAGUCCAAGAAAUUGAGAAGGGAUGUAACAUUUGCACAGCAAAUAAGUAUUUCAGGGAAUAGGAGUGGCCAAUGACUUUGUGGGGCUUUUGGUCCGCAUUCAGAAUUCUUACUUUAUACUGUAUAUGCAAUUCAAGAACAACAUCUGUUGCAAAGAUUUUUGAGUGAUUGACAAAUUGUACUGGCAUUAACACAGAUACAUGGCAGUAAUUCUCUGUCCCAACAAAGGUAUUCAACUUAAAGCAUACCUUUUCCCAAUUCUACAUACCUUUUUUUGGGAUUACAUUGUGAAUUGUAUGUGUGUGUGAGUGUGUAUGUAUAUGUAUGUGUGUUUAUUGAGGGUUUAAUCUCAGUCUCACAUCUGCCAGUCGACAGUGUGGAGAGAGGCAGUUUAUAGUGCUCAUAGGGCUUGGUCACAGAGUGGGAAUGGGGACCCACAGGGUACUCUUGUCCUCCCCUAAUAACAUUCAGAUGGGCCUACUAAUGCAUGUUUACAUAUCUGCGGCAUAGUUCAUGACUAGAGUAAGCAAAGCCCUAAUUAUUUUAACCGGCGACGAGACCAAUAAAAUCAACUUCCUUUUCUCAUUAUGGGUGUUUAAGGGUUUCCUUUGAUGGCAAGACAUGUUUAUUUUUGGAAGAGUUCUGUAGCUGAGAAGAAAGCAAAUAGAAGUAUUGACACAGAGACGUUGACAAGAUGAACGAUUGAUUAACUCAAUGAUUCCUUAAAGGGCAGACGAAAGAGGAGGGGGCAGUUCAACAUGACGUGAACAUUCACACACAUACAUAGGCUAAACACCAAAGCAUACACACACAGACGGAGUGCUGUUGCACUGGAAUAGUUUCAGGAUUGAGACAUACCCAGUAGACUCAACCUCGCUACAUUCUUAAACCAAUACAUUCUAGUCACAGUAUAGUCACUGUUUAUGUACAAGGCUCAAUCUUAGUUGUGUAGCACUGAAACUAACCUUUCUGUCUACUCUUUCCCAGAAUGUUUUGGAGAAUCACUCUCCCGGUCCUACUGGCUGGGGUGCUCUGUGUUGCCACAGAGACCAGGAAGCCCCGCCCCCAGGGCUCCAUCCCCUCACUUUUCAAGACCAAAGGCAACCUGUCGGAGCGUCAGCGCCUGUUGCCGCGGAAACCCGAAGUCCUUUCGUCAAGUCGGGAGGCCCUGGUGGUCACGGAGCGCCGGUACCUCCGACGUGACUGGUGCAAGACGCAACCCCUCCGCCAGACAGUGAGCGAGGAGGGCUGCCGGAGUCGUACAGUGGUCAACCGCUUCUGCUAUGGCCAGUGUAACUCCUUCUACAUCCCCCGCCACAUGAGCCCCAGCUCAAAUCGAGGCCCAGGGUCCGGCCGGAAGAACCACAACAAGGCCCAAGAGCCCUUCCAGUCCUGUUCCUUCUGCAGGCCGCACCGCAUCACGCAGCUCACUGUGCAGUUGGACUGUCCAGGUCUGCAACCGGCCUUUCGCCAUCGCAAGGUGCAGCGUGUCAAACAGUGUCGCUGUAUGUCGGUGGACGUGAGUGGUAACGGAAAACUGUGAGGAAUUCUUCGGAACCAGACCAUGACAGUCACCAUGGACACUAAUGUGACUGUGAAAGUGAAUGUUAACAUGAACAUGAAUAGCAUAGACAUGACAGGGGACAAGUACCUCUCCCUUAUAUUGGACUAUUCUGCAUCAUCACUUUGUACACAGGUCUACUGGUCACACUAAAUGAACCCUACAGGUACUGGUAGUACAGAGUGGCCCAUCUAUUAGACCUUUGACUAUAUGGACAGCUAUGGUGAAACUGCAAAGCGAAGACAUAAAUGGAAGCAUAGCACAACACCAACUGAAGCACAGACAUGUUUCAGUUCAACACAGUCAGUCAUAUAAAACCACUGGGUCCUUCAACUCUAUACAAACUGGUAAUAUUACCUUACCUAUGGCCAUGGACUGAAGGCCCCUUUCAGCUGGCCUUUGGCUCUAGAAGGGACAUAUAAAACCAUAAACACAGCACCAAGUUCUAGACUGAAAGUGGAGCUCUUCAGCUGUCUAUGGCAUGUUGUGUUGUGUUGUGGACUGGGCUUACCUGGGGGAACUGUCCAGCCAAUAGGGCUUCAGAUUGAGAGAAAGACCCCUAGUCUGUCUAAGUAUUUGCCUGUGGAUUUCAGAGCCACCUGUGAAAUAUUUCACACAAAUAUCAAGCUAGCCAGUAAAUAAAUGAUAUUAUUAUUUUAUGUAUAACUGUUGUACU